GACUGUCAGAUGCCCGUACACAUAAUUUAAGCGGUGUCCUGCUGCCAUGCACAAAAUCAAGAUUUACAGAUCUUGAAAUGCGGCAAUAAUCAUCAAUCAACAGUCAUUUCAAGUACAAAAUUUCACUAUCUACCAUUUCCGGUUUCCAAAAAGAACACCUCACGCACAAAUUGAUAAAGCAUUUGGCGUAAAAGUACGGGCACAUAAAAAAUUACACCAGACCGCUUAAAUUAGCCAUAGAAGCUCAGAGAAGCUUGGCAAAAUAGACUUGAUAAUCUUGGCUUGGACCAAGACAGGUCACUAUAAAUCAGUGUAAAGAUAUAAAUAUUUUAUUAAACUGUUUUUAUUGAGAAAUAUGAACGAUAUGGACAAAUCCAUAGAGGAUAUAACUAAGGAUAUGUCCGAGCUGACGGUUCUAUCGUUCCGGAAGUUGGAUGAGGUUAAAAAGUUAGCCAAACACUUCCAGUAUAUUAUUAACCAUCCGUUGACUCAAGGGAAUCCCGUGGUGCUUCGUUAUUUGAAGAAUUUAGAUGAGAUGCAUAAGAGAAUUUUCUUGAAGAAACGCGAGGGUAUAGAGGUCGAGUAUAUAUUUACAACGGAGAAAAAGAGUAGCUUGCAGAGGCAACGAUUUAACAGUCUUCCAGUCAGUGAAGUGCCUGAGAUUUUGAAAACUGAAUUUCUAACUAUUGACAACGCAAAACAAGUGCAUAUCUGUACGGACUGCGAUGUAGAAAUAGAGCUAUGCGAUGACAUACCGCUCAUGGAAUCUUUGCAGAAGCAUUUUAAUUUAGAAGCGCAUUUACCGAAACUGAAACGCGAGAGCAUCGAUGUAGCUGAACCUAUCUUACUUCCCAAGAUGUCGCGACGACUUUCAGCAUUGGAGGGUGGCGACAACCAAAACACGGAACAAAUAAUGCAAAUGAUGAAGCCCAUGGAGAAGUUGGAACGCUCUUUCUCAGCUAUAUUAGAAGCGACAUUAAUCAGAGUAUUGCCCGAUAACUCCGAAGGCAGUAUUGAUGCAGCGAUAAAGUUCUAUCAGGAGGCUUUUGAUAAACUGUGCAAGGAUAUUUCCCUAAUCGACUUCUCGACGCUAACGAGCUCCGUAGCACCAAUCAUCAUGAGCAUCAGGGACAAUGUGAAUCAGAAUUUCGCUGUGGACGCAAAUAAGAACUUUGACAACGAAGAAAAUGACCAGGCUCCAGAGAAGCCAGCGAAGAAUCAGAUAAAGAAAUAUCGAUAUUAUGGCCCGAUAGAGAAUAUCAUUGCUAAAUUACUCCUGAAUCAUAAAUUGCUGACGUUGGUUGAUGAUCGAACAGGAAAGUUGGCUUUCUUCUGUAUGGCGUGUGAAUACUACACAUUGAGGUUUCGCUACGAUAGUGUUUUAAAUCAUGUUUUUAGUGAAACACAUAUCCACAACCUCACAUGUAUCUUGCAGGCAGACAAGAACAUACCCUUCUCGAUGGGUGCCGCAACCAUGGACAAGAUUAAAGAGAUGAACAGAGAUUUCCUUCGCAGCCAUUACGUCACACAGGACGGCAACGGUUUAAACUGUGGCCUUUGCAAGACAUCCCUCGAUACUGAAACAACGAUUAUGCACAUCCUAGAUGAGAAUCACCUUGGGAAGCUGUCCGAUAAAUUCUAUCGAAAAAUGAAAGCUAACAAUCCGGACGGUGCGGUCCCAGACGAGUGGGGACCUAAAUCGCUCGACUGGACUAAGUUCCUAGCCACUGUGGGCAAACCGCUCAACAGUCGCGAUCAUGUAGUCAUAGAGAACUUUAUCAGACCGUCGGGGAAGAUCGCCAACUACUGUUCCUGCUGUGACAUGACCCUGAAGGGUCCGAGGCAGGUUCUGUUCAACCAUAUUCGCCAGAAGAAGCAUUUACGGAACGCCGCUCCACAUAAGCUGACCAUGCUCUACAAGAACCAUUGUCGACCCACCGAAUACUUCGCCAGUUUCGGCAACCACUACAUAUGUACAAUCUGUCCGGAGUAUGUUGCCUUGCCAUCGUUCGCUGCUAUUACUGAGCACUUUGAAAGCAAUUUGCACGUGGAGACCAUAGCCAAGUUGAUCCGAUCAGCGUUGUAUCCAGAUGUGGAUGAAGGUCUAUUGUUAAUGAACAAGAUUGUGUCGGGGGAAACCUUGAAAUGCGAAUACUGUGACAUCUCCUUCAAGAAUAUGAACGAAGCCAUCAAGCAUAUCCUGUCCAGUGUUGAGCAUCAAACUGCUGUAGGUGACGCAAAGAUUAAAUCCAACAAGGGGGACAUAUUCACAUGUGAACCAUGCAAGAAUGUGUUCAACUCAAUCAGGUCCUUGCUGAUGCAUUUGGUAUAUGCGGAGCAUUUCGUUCAGAAACCCACAUCUGAAAACGUUUUCCGUUUCUACUUGGAACUUAAACACAAUAUAAAUAUGCUGGCAAAGAACAAAUAUGUAUAUUAUGACUUUGGGAAGUUGAAAUGUGGAGUGUGUGACUCUGAUUUAGAGGAGGGUGAGAACGCAAAGAAGCAUGUGAUGUCUCCUCGCCAUAAAGAAAACAUGGGGGCCAGUUAUGUUAACGUUAAUUUGGACGUGUCUGCAGUGGAGUGAGUUAUGAAUGUAUGCCGCACAGUGUACGAAGUUGUAUAUGAAAUUAAAUAAAUCAAAGUACCUAUGUUAAAUUAUGAAGUAUUUUUCAAGCAAACGGCGAAGUUAAAAUGCGUGAAAUUUUAAUAAAUUAAAUUUUUUAACUU